AUGGCAGGACCCAGUCCCGGCGUCACCAUCAUCAUCGUGGCCUUUGGUCUGGUCCUUCUCAUCUUCGCCAUCUGGGCCAUCUGCACUAAGCUCGUCCCACACCUCCGACACCCAGAAUCCGAGCCCGUGAUUACACUGCCCCAAACCACGCAGACCACGGACCCGAAGAACCAUCAAGCCGGGCUGAGGAGGUCGCUAUAUGGGACGCAAAAAAGUCUUUUCCAAGAGCCUAGGAACAAUAUAUCAGACUAUGACUUGAAGAACUCGAGAUUCUCCACAUGUGCGCUGGACUUUUCCAGACCAGCUUCACCAACAAAUCGGUCAAGAGCACAGUCACAAUCUCGACACGGCCGCGGACGUUCCCGGUCAAGAUCUCUCUCUCACUCUCGUUCUCGCUCUCGACAUCAUAGUACGGCAGACCUAAGGACGGCCUUGUACUCGGAACCGGGACUUUUGCAAAACGAUGCACGAAGUUCCACCCUCAACCUUAUCAUCGACCAGCCGGAUGCCAUCACGAAUGGCCGACCGAGAUCUCAAUACUACGACUCGUCCACGAGCGUCAGAAGCAAGUCAAUCCACAGCCUGAACAGAAGGUCAGUCCCGCUGUUGGUCACUGAACUGUCGAACAUUGUACUUCCACUUCCACAUCCACGUUCCUCCGACACCUCUUCUGUCGAAUUGAUGACCGCCCCCGGUGCGUCUCCAUCUCCGUACAAGCAUCUCUCAGCAACGAGUUUCAACAACAGCUCUCGACAUUCCCUGCCGAAUAUUGACGGGUACUUCUCCGCGGCUCCAAGACGCUCCCCUUUUGCUAGUACCGGCAGCAACACUCCAAGCGGCUGUACCACUCCAGCUGAGGCUACUAUGAUACCGCCGGAAUGGCCGUUGACAACGACCAUAUCGCCACGACCAGAAGGAAAAUCGGGAGUCCCGCCUAUACCAACGAUCUCGGAGAAAGUGCACAACCGGAAGACAAGCACUCCCACAGAGCACGGUGUUGGUGGCUAUGCUGGAGAAACGACACGAGAAGCGACAAUCAAGACGCCGCUUUCUGCAACUGUGGAAGUUAAGAUCGCCCAAGUUGCAUGA